AGAAAUCUAGGGUGGAAGUUUUCCCAAGUCCUCUCAUAAUCUAACGGCUGAAAUUCUCCGUCGCAUCUCCAUCAUCAUCCACCAUUGUUGUUACUCUGCAACAACAACCCAAUUCCUCUUACGCAAAAAAACAAAAACACCAUAACCCACUUCUCAACUUCCAAUUUUCCCUCUCAAUUUCUCAUUCACUCUCUUCGAAUGUUACCUUUAGAGUAUCACCUUCAUUAUCGAUCCCCUUUAACCCAUAAUCAAAUAUUCAAAACCUAUUUCAAUUCACAUAACCAAAAAUCGCUCUUUUCCCGCGCAAAUUCUAGGGUUAACCACCCAUGUCGUUUUAUUCCCAGUUCGUGUCGUUUUGUUGUCAACAAUUCACGAAAGUUCGGAUUGUGGGUCAACCACGAACCCACAAGAUGGCUUUGUCGUUCCACUAGUGAGACAGAUUCAGCAACCGGUUCGGGUGGAGAGGAAAAAACCGGUGAGGGUCCGGUUGUUGAUGAAACCGGUUCGCCGAGCUCCGGUUCGAACCGGAGGAGGGAGAAACAGAGGAAGGGUGGCUGGUGGUGGUGGAGAUGGCCGGAGAUACGGUGGGAACCGAUCGUUCAAGCACAGGAAAUUGGGAUUUUGCUUUUGCAAUUAGGGUUUGUGAUUUUCGUUAUGCGGUUGCUCCGGCCAGGAAUUUCGUUACCCGGGUCGGAUCCUAAGGCUCCAACGACGUUUAUGAGUGUUCCUUAUAGUGAGUUUUUGAGUAGAAUUAAUAGCAAUCAAGUGAGGAAGGUUGAGGUUGAUGGGGUUCAUGUUAUGUUCAAGUUGAAAGGUGGUGUUGGUAAUGUUCAUGAUGGUGAAGUUUUAGGAGGUAGUAGUAACAAUAGGUUGCAUGAAUCAGAGUCUUUGGUGAAGAGUGUUGCACCAACUACGAGGAUAGUUUAUACUACUACAAGGCCAAGUGAUAUCAGAACUCCUUAUGAAAAGAUGUUGGAGAAUGAAGUGGAGUUUGGUUCGCCGGAUAAACGUUCGGGUGGAUUCUUUAACUCUGCUUUGAUAACCUUGUUUUAUGCUGCUGUGCUAGCAGGGCUUCUCCAUCGAUUCCCUUUAAAUUUUUCUCAGCAUAGUGCUGGUCAGAUUCGGAAUCGCAAAUCAGGCACUUCUGGUACAAAGUCAUCUGAACGAGGUGAAACCAUCACUUUUGCUGAUAUCGCUGGUGUGGAUGAGGCUAAAGAGGAGUUAGAAGAGAUUGUGGAAUUUCUUCGAAAUCCAGACAGAUACACAAGACUCGGUGCCCGUCCUCCUCGUGGUGUUUUAUUGGUGGGCCUUCCUGGGACAGGCAAAACUCUACUAGCCAAGGCUGUGGCUGGGGAAGCCGAUGUGCCAUUUAUAAGUUGUUCUGCUAGUGAGUUUGUAGAGCUGUAUGUUGGCAUGGGCGCUUCUCGUGUAAGAGAUCUCUUUGCAAGGGCAAAAAGGGAAGCUCCAUCAAUAAUAUUUAUUGAUGAGAUAGAUGCUGUAGCUAAAAGUCGUGAUGGUAAAUUUCGCAUGGUUAGCAACGAUGAACGAGAGCAAACCUUGAAUCAGUUGCUCACUGAGAUGGAUGGGUUUGACAGCAAUUCUGCAGUGAUAGUUCUUGGAGCUACUAAUAGGUCAGAUGUCUUGGACCCUGCUCUUCGCCGUCCAGGAAGAUUUGAUCGUGUAGUUACAGUGGAAGCACCUGAUAGGAUUGGAAGAGAAGCCAUCCUAAAAGUUCAUGUUUCCAAAAAAGAACUUCCUUUAGCCAAGGAUGUUGGCCUUGGUGACAUUGCUUCCAUGACCACUGGUUUCACUGGAGCAGAUCUUGCAAACCUAGUAAACGAGGCCGCUUUACUCGCUGGAAGACAAAGUAAAGCUGUAGUAGAAAAAAUUGAUUUCAUUCACGCUGUAGAAAGAUCAAUAGCUGGCAUAGAGAAGAAGACUGCCAAGUUGCAAGGAAGUGAGAAAGCCGUUGUUGCACGGCACGAAGCUGGUCAUGCUGUAGUAGGUACUGCAGUUGCAAAGCUUCUUCCUGGACAACCACGUGUUGAGAAACUAAGUAUAUUGCCAAGGUCGGGAGGGGCUUUGGGCUUUACUUAUACACCUCCAACAAAUGAGGAUAGAUAUUUGCUAUUCAUUGAUGAGUUGCAUGGUCGCCUGGUGACCCUUCUUGGAGGGCGUGCAGCUGAAGAAGUUGUUUAUUCUGGUCGGGUUUCAACAGGUGCACUUGAUGAUAUACGACGAGCAACUGAUAUGGCAUACAAGGCUAUAGCUGAAUAUGGUCUUAAUCAGACCAUAGGCCCUAUGUCAAUUUCCACUCUUUCUAAUGGUGGAAUUGAUGAAUCUGGAGGUGCCGCUCCUUGGGGAAAGGAUCAGGGACAUCUCGUGGAUCUUGUUCAAAGCGAGGUGCAAAAGUUACUGCAGUCUGCCCUGGCUGUCGCACUUUCCAUCAUCCGAGCAAAUCCCACUGUUCUGGAGGGUCUUGGUGCUUAUUUGGAAGAAAAGGAGAAAGUUGAGGGUGAAGAGCUACAGAAGUGGUUAAAAUUGGUGGUUGCACCGACAGAGCUUGCUCUCUUCGUCAAAAGUACGCAACAGUCUCUUCUCCCAUUGCAGACAGGUUCCUAACAGUUAAAAGAGUUGGUUGAAUAUGGUAGCAGUGUGGAGUUGUAACUUGGGGUAUGGAUUUUGGCAUCACUUAGCUGAAUCCAGUUGUUAUAUCUCAAAUAGCAUUAGUUCACCUUUACAACUUUGUAUAUUUUUGUAAAGUGAUUUUGUCAUCCUUUUUUAACAUAUAGACAUCAAAUUAUUUGUGUUAUAAUGACUCGGUUCACACAACCAAAUUCACAGGGAAAUGGAAAGAUACAUAGAUAUAUAAAAUCAAUUGGUCUUCAAGGAUUUCAUUAGUCUUAAACUGCAUUCAUACAUAUGACUGGCAAAUGUAAUUGUUACAUGGAUCAAAUGUAGUUGUAAAUACAGUUUGAUUAUGUGAAAUAUAUAAGACUCUUUAAUUAUUAA